AUCCACAGGGCGAGCUAGACCAGUAGCCGCCGGCCUCCGUACGACGAUGCACAAGUCAUCCUCGACUCUUGACAUGGUUUCUGAGCUCUAGGCAUCGCCUUCUCGAAGACAUAUCCUUCUUCCCUUGGACAUUACAAGACACGCCUGCAGACCUUUGACACCCAACUGCCGACCUGCUCCUGCUUCAGCCGGAUGAAGUCAUAGCCUCGACCCUCUUCACUCUUCGAACAUAGACAUGGCCGACUACAACUCGACCGCACGCGCUCUUGCACUCCCCGUAGACGACACUGAACGUCGGUCUCAAUCCAAUUCGCCCGUCUUCUCCCGCCGGUCCACGUCAGUACCGCGUUCGACCCGUCGUGGAAAUGCAAGCGGCCUGUUAGCUCAGGCGGCCAAGCUGCAACGCAAUGCUGUCAAGACAUUCUUCGGCCUCAGUCCCGCGAAACGAAUAUUGCUGUCAGUCGGUGCUGUGGUAGCUUUCGUGCUCGGCGUCCUGUUCCUGGUCUUUAAUGAGAGGAUCUUCCAUGCCAUGUCGCCCGUGGCUGAACGAUGGAGGAACAUCACUUGUGGCUGGAUGAUCCUAUGGGCGGCGACAUUCCUGGUCAGCUUCCCCCCACUGAUUGGCUACUCUACCUGUGUUACUCUGGCAGGAUUUGUCUACGGGGUGUGGAAAGGAUGGCUCAUCGUCGCUUCGGGCACCAUCAUUGGCAGUACGGCCUCGUUCCUCGUGUCGCGCACACUCCUUAAGUCGUAUGUGACUCGACUCACGGAAAACGACAAGCGUUUCGCAGCACUCGCUCUGACGUUGAAACACGACGGCAUCAAACUCUUGAUGAUGAUCAGACUCUGUCCGCUACCAUACUCACUCUCGAACGGAGCCAUCUCUACAAUCCCCACAGUGCAAUGGCCGCAAUUCAUGAUAGCAACGGCAGCGGCAAGUCCCAAGCUGUUCUUGCACGUUUUCGUGGGCAGCCAGCUCGGACGCAUUGCCGACAGCGGAGACAAGAUGGACGCAAAGACAAAGGCUAUCAGCUAUCUGAGUAUUGCGAUUGGACUUACAGCAGGUUUGGCUACUGGCUUCAUCAUGUACACCAAGACAAAAUCCAGGGCUCGCGAGUUGGAGGCCGAAGAGCGUGAAGCUGCUAUCCGUGGUGAAGCACCGGAUGGAGACGAGUUUGAAGAGGAAGGUAGAUACGAGUACUCGGACGACGCUAUGGAGAGAGAAGCGACUGAAGCAAUCCGUGGAGACGACGGUAUCAGUCUGCGCAGUGAUCAAGAGUAUAGGGACGACUUUGACGAUGACGCAGAUGAUGCUCAAGACUUGGACAAGGUCUUCCGACAUGGCGAUGGAGACGAAGAGGAGGGCUUCAGGGAUAGUCAGGAUAGGCGUUAGUCGGCU